GAGUUUACCAAUUCGGUGCCUCCGAGUGCCUCCUCUGGUUCGAGCCGAGCGUGGUUGAAAAGCGUGGGAGUAAUUGGCCGUAGACAUCUUUAGAGCCAACGUGAAAUGAUGAUGAGUUUGAAACGUGGUGUGUUCACUGCUGAGGUUCACACAGUCUCGAUGGUGUUCUCUGUCUCCAGAUACUUUACCGACUGAUGGCAUUUGAGUUCGUCUGCGGAGUGCUGGCACGGGGCAUUCUGGGCAUUCUGGUCAUUAUGGAGCACAUGGACGAAACUUUCGAACAGUCCUCUCGGUCAUCCUUAUCCAUCUCUGCAGGCGACACAGCGCACGACGAUGGAAGGAGACCGAUGGACAGGAACAAUUUACACUUUCUUUUCAUUCUCGCUCUCUGUGUCACAACUUUCCGCUUCAUUUUGCAGAAGACGACUGCAUUUCGCCAUUGGUGCGUGAGUCGAAAGAAUCUGCAAUGGUGCCACGAAGCAAUCAACGUGUUAUUGCACUGCUUGCAGGUUGUCGUGCCUGUAUUGUGGGCUUCCCUUUUCCUCUGUUGGGCGUAUCACCAAGGACUCUCCAACUGCUUAACAUACUAUAUCGUAGGAGUUGUCACACUUCGAAUUAUGACCAUCCUACGCCGGUUGGCCAAAUGGCUGGCGUCAAAAGCGCAUGAGUGGUCCCAUGAAUAGACCAUGCUCUUUUCGAUAAGGAAUUUCUACUGAUGGACAGAAUUACGAGCUGGAAAGACUAUCAAUCUCCUCGCUAGAGUUGGUCUCUUGGAGAGAGAUGUGGAUCAAGCUUCCUAUUCCAGACGAUCAUAUAAUAUGGUAGAUUUCAGAAGCAAGUCAUGCUUAUUGAAACGACUCAGUUUCACUCUCCCUUGUGGUAGCUUGGGUGCGGACUGUGUCCUUUGUUCAUUUAAGCACCUGUUUACGAAACAGAAUGUCGUGCAUCUUGUACCAAUUGUACGUCUUCAAAGCUAAAGAGAUUGUUCAAUUUUAAUAUGAAGCUAGUUGUAUUGGCUUCUGCAGACAGUACUCGCAUAUGACAUUGGACUAAACAGAAUUCUUAUUCUCCUGUACAAGAUCAAUUCCCACAUGC